GAAUCCGAGUUGUCAUUAUUGUUUUGCUUUUCAACCAGCAAAGUUGUUUAUUUUUUUUUUAAGAAAAUAUCAUUUAGAACGUUCUAAGCGAUGGUUUGUGAGAAGUGUGAGAAGAAACUGGGGCGCAUUGUUACCCCGGACACGUGGAAGUCCGGUGCGAGGAAUACAGUUGAGUCUGGAGGGCGGAAAAUCAAUGAAAACAAAGCCAUAACAUCUGCAAGAGAGAGAUUCAAUCCCAUCUCCAAAUCUUUCCCACCUUGCAGAAUCUGCCGACAGAAGGUUCAUCAAGCAGGAAGUCAUUACUGCCAAGCCUGUGCCUACAAGAAAGGCAUCUGUUCCAUGUGUGGGAAGAAGAUAAUCGACGUGAAGAACUACAGGCAGAGUGCUGCAUAAGAAACAUUUAUUUAAGGACUUUUAAAUCAAUUAAUUAAAAAAGAAGAGAGAAAGACGGAAAAUCAUGAAAAUCUUCGCAAAAGACUUCCUUUCCGGAAAAAUAAAUAAUUAGGUCAACUAGGCAAGGCAUCAGCAUGAAAAACCUUUUGAAUAUUUAACAUAUUCCCAAGAAAAUGUAUUGAAUGUGAUAUAGAGAAGCUUAGAGAAAUGCAAGUAAAUCAGCAUACAAUACUCCUGUGUUAAAAGAUAGGAAUAUGGUUCAUAAUCUUCGGGCACGUCGAAAUGGAUUUGGAUCGGUGAUAAUUCUGCAUAGGAAUAAUCCAUCUGUAAGACUGAAUUCAACUGAAAUUCAGCAACAUGAACCGACCAACGACUUAUUGAUGCAUUCAGUUUCUACAGAAAUGAAUUCAUUGAUUUUCUGCAGACUUGUAUCAAAUGCAUCUGUACGUAGCGUAUGAGCUAUUCAGUUGUAGCAAUAUUGUAUGUUGUAGGAGGACUAAAGCAGCUCAGGAUGGAAAAUGGAAGCUCUUCUUGAAUAUCUCAAUUCUUCGUAAAGGAAUGGAAAAGUCUGUCUCUGUGAAUAUCAGGAGUUUCAGGCACAAAUCAGGGAUUCAGAUAAUGCUCCUUCCAUCACAUUAAAAGCAUAAAAUUGUAUAUUUUACUGAAAAAAAAAAUCAUUUUCUUCUGUUAAAAUUAAAUAAAUGAAAUUACAGAAAAUA